GGCACUAAUACAUCAAUCUGAGUCAUCAUCAUCACAUGCACGAUACAAAAACUCAAUCACAUCCAAACAAUCACACUAACAACAGGGUAUCUGAUGGCGAUGGCAUUAAAAUGAUGAUGAUGAUACAAUUGGGCCGUUCCUGUGCUUCAAAUCACGUAAGCAGAAAUAGCUGUGACCAAUGUCUUAGUUAAACAAAAAUUAUCCUACAAUUGUCUCGAGAGAUAUAUAUAUAUAUAUAUAUAUUUAACAAGAGAUAUUUUAAAAUUAAAAAGUAUUUUUGUGACACUAUAACAAGGAAUAGUUUAGUAGAGGAUGUUGUAUUAAUUUGUUGUUAUUAGAAACCUAAUUGAGGUAUAAAAGAUAGGAACAUAAUCAUGUUCGAAAUCACUAAUCACGAAUAAUAAUUGAUAAUAAUGUGAUAAUAACAAUAAUUGAUAUAUAAAUAGAAAAGAUACUUCAGACUACUUUCCCUCCAAAAAAAAAACCCUAAACCGCCAAUUCUUCCCUCCCUUUUCCCCCGCCGCUUCAAAUCCCCACAACUUCUCUCCCCACCAAAAUCUUACUCAAAAUCAUGAACUCGAUGCGCUCAAUAAUUAUCAUGGCGAUGAGAUCCCGCCUCUUCCCAUUCCCCUCUUCCUUCCACUCCCCGCCUCCCCACCUCCUCCCCUUGAUACAAUCCUCCCCGUUACUCAGGUCCAGGGCUCAGCCGCCGCCCCUCUGCCUUGCUCGAUCCCCAUUCCGUUCCUCCAGUUCGUGCCCCGCCGUCGCCGUCCUCGGCGCCCACGAUCCGCUGCCGAUGGAGUCACGGUCGCCGUUCGGUGAGAUUCACGUGAUCCUGGGCCCCAUGUUCGCCGGAAAGACCACCGCCCUUCUCCGCAGGAUGCAGGACGAGGUGGACUGCGGAAGAUCUGUGGCGAUGGUUAAAUCUGACAAGGAUGCAAGGUAUGGAUUGGAUUCCGUGGUCACACACGAUGGGAUGAAAAUGCCAUGCUUUGCUCUUUCGGAGCUUUCGUCGUUCCGAGAUAAAUUAGGAACUGAAGCCUAUGAUAAGUUGAACGUGAUAGGAAUUGAUGAAGCCCAAUUCUUUGAAGAUCUCUAUGACUUCUGCUGCAAUGCGGCAGAUCAUGACGGGAAGAUUGUCGUCGUUGCAGGCCUGGAUGGCGACUACUUAAGAAGGAGUUUUGGCUCGGUGCUUGAUAUCGUUCCGCUAGCUGAUUCUGUGACUAAGCUGACGGCACGGUGUGAGAUUUGUGGUAGGCGGGCUUUCUUCACCCUCAGGAAGACCAAUGAAACACAAACUGAGCUCGUUGGUGGAGCUGAUGUUUACAUGCCCGUCUGUAGACAACACUAUGUCGAUGGGCAGGUUGCUAUUGAAGCUACAAGGACUAUAUUGGCUGUCCGGAGUUCAACCCUGGCUCAAAGUGAAGUCAUGUGAGUUGCUUCGAUUUAGCAAUCGCUAUUGUAUGGUUGGAUUGUCAA